AUGCAUUAUCUGACUACAUCAUUGGAUAACGAACCAACGGCGCUGAUUAGACAUCUUCCAGUAGUAGGAGAAAAUUACAAUAUAGCCUGGGCUUUACUUACAAGUCGUUAUGAAAAUAAACGACUUCUGGUUACAACACUCCUAAAUAAUAGACAAUCCUCAAUUAAAAGGGAGUCGGCACCAGCAUUAAAAUCUCUACACGAUGUAAGCAAGGAAUGCAUACAUGGUCUCAAGGCUCAAGGAGUUUCAGUCGAACAUUGGGAUGUUAUCCUGGUACAUCUCUUGCUGCGCAAGCUGGAUGCAGAAAUUCAAACAGCUUUUGAACAAGGGCUAACAGACUACAAACGUUUAGUAACCAUUGAUGAAUUGCUAAAAUUUUUGGAACAUAGAUUUCAAUCACUUGAGGCUAGGGGAAAAGGAGAUUCAUCAAUCACUCGAACAUGUGCCUCCGCUACAAAAUUUGGUUUAAGUAAAACCUGUCCAAUUUGCAAUAAAGACGGUCACAUGAGCUACGCUUGUAAAAAAUUCGUGACGGCUAACCUAUCACAACGAUGGAGUUGGGUCAAGGAGUUCAAUAUGUGUGUAAACUGCCUCAGGAUUGGACAUCGAGCUGAUGAGUGUACUGCUCUUCAAGGAAAUAACUCAACGCCUCAACAAACAGGUCAAGCUUCAGUUUCAAACCAAUCAUCAAAUAAAAUAACCCUUUUAACGAACAAUACCAAUAAGGAAUCUAAUUAUGUCUUAUUAGGGACGGCCAGAAUAAGAUUGCUGGCAUCAAACGGAAGACAAAUUGAAUGCAGAGCAGUAUUGGGCUCUGGCUCUCAAAUCAAUCUCAUAACAAACCGCCUGUCAAAAAAAUUGAGCUGCAAGCCUAGGCCAACGCUUAUGAGUACGGAAGGCGUAGGAUCAAAUGAAUCAAAAAUACGUCAUCAAACAAUAAUCCAAGUACAAUCAACGUUGAACGAAUUUGUAGCAGAGAUGGAUGCACAUAUCAUACCAAAAAUCGUUUCAGAUCGGCCAAUGCAGUAUUUGAAUAUCGAAUCCUGGGAUAUUGCAAAGGAACUAACUCUCGCUGAUCCAGAUUUUAACUUGAAAAAGAGCAGAGAUCUUUUUCAAAAUUCUAUUUUCGGAUGGGUUGUAGCUGGCAAUGUUGAAAGUUCAAAUUCAAGCACAGCGACUAGUGGCAUGUGCACUACUAAGGAACUAGAAGAAUCCAUAUUUAAAUUCUGGGAAUCAGAGGAAAUUCCAGAUUCAACUUCGGAACUCACAGAAGAUGAAUUGCGUUGUGAGUCACAUUUUUCGCAACAUACUUUUCGAGGAAGUGAUGGCAGAUUUGUUGUGAAACUCCCACUAAAGAAUCAUCCAUCAGUGUUACCAGAUACAAAAGGAAUCACUUACGAGAGGUUCAAGACAAUCGAGCGCCGUUUCAUUCAAAAUCCUGAUCUAAAGAAUCAAUAUGUUUCAUUUAUGAGGGAAUAUGAAGCAUUGGGACACAUGACAAAAUUCAGCGGUAGCGAAUUAAUAUCUCCCCAAUAUUUCAUCCCUCACCACUGUGUGCUACGUCCAGACAGCUCAACAUCAAAAUUGCGAGUUGUGUUUGACGCAUCAGUACACAAAUUAUCAGGGUCAUCACUAAAUGACAUAAUGUUUAAUGGUCCAAAAGUUCAAGACGAACUGUUUUCGAUUUUGCUCAGAUUUAGAAUGCACAAAUAUGUUUUAAAAACUGAUUUGGAAAAAAUGUACCGUCAAAUAUGGGUUAACAAAGAUGAUCGAAAUCUGCAACUCAUAAUGUGGCGAGAAAAUCCCACAGAACCACUUAAUUAUUAUCAGUUGAAUACAGUUACUUAUGGCACAAGAGCAGCGCCAUAUUUAGCAACACGCUGUCUAACAAAAUUGGCGGAUGAAUAUCAAGGAAAUUAUUUAUAUGGCGCCACAUCUUUAAAAAGGGAUUUUUAUGUUGACGACGGUCUCAUAGGAGCUGAUACCAUUAACGAAGCGUUACUAAUUCAACAACAAUUAAUAACAAUUCUAGACAAGGCUGGAAUGAAACUAAAAAAGUGGUAUGCAAACAACCCAAAACUUUUACAUGAAAUCGCUCCAGAAGAUGAAGAAAUAAAUCUAAAUUUUGAUUCCAAAGAAACCCAAUUCACAAAGACGUUGGGUCUUUUAUGGUUACCAAAGUCAGAUUCAUUUCGUAUCAAGGUUAACAUUCGAGAGUCACACAACAAAACGAUCUAUGAACUCCGAUUUGGCACACAUAUAUGA